GUUAUGGACCGAUUAUUAUUCACCAAUGGCACUUGUCCACCUCCAUCUCCAAUUUAUCACUUUUUCUCUUCCUUCCCCCCAAUCUGACAAUCUCCACCGAGAAAAUCCUUUCCCCUAGUUCUCAUCUCACCUUUCUUCCUCGCAUCAUCACAUCACAAUUAACAAAACCAAUCGUGUGGCGCGCGCACUCGCCUGCUUCGCGCACAAAACCAAUAGUUUCUUCCCGUGCUCUUCUGCGCGCCCGCUUGUCUCUGUCACCGUCUCUGUUGUCCGCUAGCCUCCGCAUACCGGCAACGUCGCGCGUUCGCGCGCGCGCGCGCGCGCCAAACAGCAGCAGCCUCCCCUCGCAAGCCGCCGUGGACGGUGGACCGCGACCGGGAGGGCGACGACCGGCUCCUCCUCCUCCUCCUCCGCUGCGCGGGCGGCCUCGUGCCUUUUUAGCGCGGCAUCUGCAUCGGCUGCGUGGUUGGAGUGGUUGGGAGACGACGCGCGCGAGGGCCGCCGAUGGCGACGACCCCGCGGAUGGGCGGCGUGGCACAGGUGCAGGUGCUGGUGCUGGGAGCUCGUAGUGGUUUUUCUAUGCGCUCCGUGCAGCUGAGAGGCUUGACAACCCAACCAGAUUUUAGGUGGUUAGCUCUGUCGCUUGCCGCGACUCUCCCUUCGUCUUGAAUCCUCUUUUGGCCUUGGGUGAUUAUUAUCAUAUAUUUGCCGCUCUGGUCUCUUGCGCUUGUAUCGGCCUCCGCCUUCCGGCCUUUCGGUUUGGAUUCUGAGCUAACGGAAUUCCCUUUCCGGUCGCGGCCUGUCGUCGCGACGACCGCCACUACAGUUUUCUAUUCCACCGGAGGAGUUCCGGGUCGCACAUUGGUUGCGGCAGCAAAGCCAGUGGUCGUAUCUAUCUAUCUAUCUACCAGCCACGGCGUGUGCUGGGGAAAGUCCACGGCGGAGGAGUAGUAGUGGUUGAGCUAACUGAGGCCAGCGUGAGGUCGUCACCGUAUGGGCAAGCGUGUCACCUGGUGAUUUUACCGUGAGCCGCCGCUGGGUGUCGCCGGCGUGCGGCUGAUCGGUUUUGGGGAUGGCGGCGGAGCACGGGGACAGCGUCGGCCGGUGCAUACUGGUGGGGCUGCACAUGGACGGCGUCGGCAAGGAGUUGCUGCAGUGGGCGCUCAACGAGGCGGCGAGGAGCGGCGACCGCGUCGUCGCCGUGCACAUUUACCGCAAAUCCGAUAACUGCAAGACGAACACGCUGAGCCUGAUCAGGACGCUGGACGACUACCUGGCAGAGUACGAGGCACUCUGCAGCAAGAAAGAUAUCGUUCUUGUCGGCCGGGUGACGCCGGGGAGCUCGAUCCAGAAGGUGCUAGUGAAGGAGGCCAAGCUCUGCGCCGCCAUGGUGGUGGUGAUUGGCGCCAACAAGAAGUACUCAUUCGGAGGCUCGACUUGCCUGGCCAAGUACUGCGCCAAGAAGCUGCCGGCGACGACCACCAUCGUCGCCAUCCAGAACGGCAAGGCCAUCUUCGUGAGGGAGGCGCCCAAGCCGCCACUUGGAGCAGAGCCGAAGCCGGUGCUCCGCACGGUGCUGCACCCGAGCGUCGGGUUGGAGCCCAAGGUGAUCAUCCCGAACCCGAACCGGAGCGCGCGGUCCAUGGACUUCGACGCCAUGGGCUGCGGCCACGACGGCGCCGCGCCGGUGAGCUCCUACGACGACGCCACCAAGGUCGGCGGCGGCGGCGAGAGGACGGCCGAGCAGAGGCUCGGGUGGCCGCUGCUCCGCCGCCCGCUACCCGCGGCGGACGGCGCCGUGCAGCCGCCGCCCAAGGACGACGGGCCGCGCAAGCAGUCGGUGGUGCAGUGGGUGAUGAGCCUGCCGCGGCGGUCGUCCCCGUCGACUUCGCCGGAGCCACAGGCCGGGCUCGUCGCCGAGCUGAAGCGGAUGCUCGACGCCGUCCCGUCGCGGUGCCGGUGGUUCCGCUACGAGGAGCUCUACGACUCCACCAACCACUUCUCCUCAGAGAAUCUGAUCGGGAAGGGCGCGCACAGCAGGGUGUACAGGGGCAGCCUCGCGAGCGCGCAGCCGGUGGCGAUCAAGUUGUCCAAGGCGUCGGCCGUGGCGUCGAAUGAUUUCCUCAGGGAGGUGGACAUCAUCACCAAGCUGCGGCACCACCGGAUCGUCCCGCUCAUCGGUGUCUGCGUCGAGGGCCCCAACCUCAUCUCCGUCUACUCCUACCUCCACAGAGGCAGCCUCGAGGACAACCUGCACGGUAAGAGGUCGAAGCCAGCGCUAUCGUGGGAGAAGAGGUACACGGCAGCGAUCGGUGUCGCCGAGGCCCUGAGCUACGUCCACUCCGGCCACUCGCGGCCAGUGAUCCACCGGGAUGUCAAGUCGUCCAACAUCCUCCUCAACGAUGAGUUCGAGCCCCAGCUGUCUGAUUUUGGUCUGGCGAUCUGGGCGCCGUCGAACCCGGGCUCACUGACGCACAGCGAUGUCGUGGGGACGUUUGGGUACCUGGCGCCGGAGUACUUCAUGUACGGGAAGGUGACCGACAAGGUGGACGUGUACGCGUUCGGCGUCGUCCUGCUCGAGCUUCUCACGGGGAGGAAGCCCAUCAGCGACGGGUCGCCUAAGGGCCAAGAGAGCCUAGUCAUGUGGGCGAGUCCGAUACUUGACAGCGGCGACAUCUCAGAUCUGCUGGACGCCGACCUGGACGUGAAGCACGACGACGCCGAGGUGAAGCGGAUGGCCUUGGCCGCGUCGCUUUGCCUCAGGAGGUCGGCUCGCCUCAGGCCGAAGAUAUCGCAGGUACUGAGCGUGCUCCGAGGAGAGAGCGAGGUGAGCCUCGACGACCUGAAAGCCGAGCCGGCGGACUGCGUGGACGACGAGACCUACCCGGCGGCGAACGUGAGGACGCACCUGGGCCUCGCGCUGCUGGACGUGGAGGACGCCGAGUCCAUCUCAAGCACAGAGCACAGCAACCUCAGCCCCCUCGAGGAGUACCUGCGAGAGCGGUGUAGUCGAUCGUCCAGCUUCGAUUGACAAGCUUGCUGUUUGCUUUGGCUGCUUCCUUUUUCUUCUCUUUUUGUUACUAAAUUUUUGUUUGGGGUUGGGUUGGCAUUGUUUGGAUACGGCUUACAAACACAUGUACAGAACCACAUGCGCCAAAUUUUCGGCGAUGAGAGGAUUCUGGUUGUUCCAAAAAGAACCAAGAGAAAUGUGAGCGCUUUGUACAGAAAUAAAAGUUGCCCGUUGCUAAUUUCUUCA